AUGCCGUCCAAACAGCCCCAGAUGUCCUUGUUCCAGGUUUACUUACGUCUCCGCCCCCCAAUGAUCGGUAACGAUGAGUCCGAACGCUUCCUCACUGUGGAGCCUCCCGAGGCGCAAGAUGACGGUGAAAUCGUUGCGCCAGUCCCAACGCAUAUCACAUUACAACCUCCAAAUGAUUCAAGAAAGCGCGCAGUCGAGAGAUUUGGGUUCACAAAGGUCUUCGAGGAGAGCGCCACUCAAUUAGACAUAUUUCACGAUACCGGUAUGGAAUCGCUGGUGAGAGGCGUGCUGAAAGAAGGUCGUGAUGGAUUGGUUGCAACUCUGGGAGUGACAGGCAGUGGAAAAAGUCAUACCAUUUUAGGAUCCAAAUCGCAACGAGGAAUCACCCAAAUGGCCUUAGAUGUCAUCUACCGUUCGUUACAGCCAACCCUCAAAACUGACGACGGCAGCAUCACACCCAUGAUGCUUACAUCCCUUGCCGGCUCGGAUGCCUCCGAGGCACACAUAUUUUCUGCCCAGACAUUCCUGGAAGCCGUGUACGGCGAACCCAACGGAGGCCGCAACUCCAGGGCGCAGACUCCCAUGAGCCCUUCUCGCGCACAAACACCACAAACGGUAUGGAGCCCUGACACCCUGAACACCCAAGGAUCGCCGAUAAAGCAUCCACCUGCCCCCGGAUCUGGUCUCCCAAAUCCAUCCAUCAAUCCUGGAAGCCCUCGAAAGGUGAACUCAAUUGCGACGCCCGCUCCUUAUCGCGCAGAUUGGCUCAAUUUCAUGCCGCCAGAGACAGAGAAUUCCGGCUGGAAAACCCCUCAACUUUUUAAUCCCCUCCCAUACUCUCGUCCCAAUCUGCAUGAAGCGCGUUUAGCUAAAUCUCGAGUCAUUGUUUUCCAGGAGCCGACACCUGCGCUGAUUUUCCCUCGCCGCCAACCCCGUGAACGACCCACCGCAUCUCCUAGACUUCCGGAUGUCAGUCACUUGGCUGUCGAUCUGAAUUCGAAUGCCGACUAUGUCGUACUGGUAUCAAUGUACGAAGUGUACAAUGACCGGAUCUUUGAUCUUUUGUCGCCUGCUAUCAACCCAGGACAGGGAAGCGCCAUGUCCCGUGGGAAUACUCAGAAAGACCGCCGACGCCCACUUCUGUUCAAAUCCACCGAAGGUUCGCCCGAUCGAAAAAUAGUCGCAGGUCUCCGAAAAAUCGCCUGCAGCAGUUAUGAAGAAGCGCUGGCUAUCUUGGAUGUUGGUUUAACCGAGCGCAAAGUGACAGGCACUGGGGCGAAUAGCGUUAGCUCCAGAAGCCAUGGCUUUUUCUGUCUCGAGGUAAAGAAGUUGAAUCACAACAAACGAUAUGGGGAGGCCACCUGGGUAGGAAAUACCCUUACAGUUGUGGAUUUGGCUGGAUCCGAACGUGCGAGAACUGCGAAGACAGCGGGUGCUACCCUCGCUGAAGCUGGUAAAAUUAACGAAAGUUUGAUGUACCUGGGGCAAUGUCUGCAAAUGCAGAGUAACCUACAGGAUGGCGUUAAGACUGCCCUCGUUCCUUAUCGCCAGUGCAAGCUCACUGAACUCUUGUUUUCCAAUUCUUUCCCCACCGCCAACCAGAUGUCUCGCGGCCACCAUCCGCAAAAGGCUGUCAUGGUUGUUACUGCUGAUCCUGUGGGGGACUUCAACGCUACUUCCCAGAUCCUACGUUACUCUGCACUGGCUCGUGAAGUUACUGUGCCCAGGGUGCCUUCCUUGGCAGAAUCAAUUAUCUCCGUUGCCUCUGGCCGAGAGCGUUCCAUCAGUGGACGUAUGUCGCCCAAUGACGCACAAUCAGAAGAACUGGAAAGGGCUCUGGGAGAAAUCCAGCGACUCACAAAAGAUUGUCAUGGUCUUGCUCUGCGUUUAGCUGAAGAGGAAAUUGUUCGUUCUGAGAUAGAGAUUCGAUUGGCUGCCGCUGAAGAAAGGUCUCUCGAUAUUGAACAAGAGGUUCGUGAAGAGUGUUGGGCUGAGAUGGACGAAAUGAUGGAGAAAGAGCGAAAACGUUGGCAGAGUGCAUUGGAUGAGCAAAUUGGUCGAAACGAUGACCACGUUGAUCGAAAGAUUGAGCUGGUCUCCCGUGGAUUCAACAUAUUUGAAGACCCCGAGCUAUCCUCAAAUGCUAGAGUCGACGAGCUGGAAGACGAAAAUGAACAGCUUCGCCGCCGCAUCGCUGCCCUCGAGCGCGAAAUGCAUUCGCAUUCUCCCACCCGAAAGCCCAGGGCCAAAAAUGCAACUCCUGGCCCUGCAUCCAGCCUACUUGGUCGAGAGAGCGACAUCGAGAAUGCUAUGCAACGCGUGAAUCAGCUCAACCUCACCGACACCAUGUUCUCUCCCGCCCCUCCAAGCUCUUCACCGACAAAGAAACUGAGGAAGCUGGGAACGAGAAAGCUUGACCUGGGUUCGGAAUUCGAUCUCUAG